UCGGCUCUCCUUCGUACGGGCGCAGCGCCGAGCGCGGCAGCGGCGGUGGACACCACAGCGGCGGAGUCCUGCGCCGGCUGAGUCGUGCACCUUAAGGCAGACAUCUCCAGUUGUUGUUUGAGGAGAUGCAGCAGCCAGAUGGAUUGAGUUUCGUGCUUCUUUGAACACUCAGCUGCAAAUCACAUGGGCUCUGAAUUAAGCCAAAUUUCGAAUGUUAUGGAUGAGCAGAAGAGAAUCUUGAAGCAGAAAGAAAACGAAUGCAAUAACUUAUCAACUCUAUCUCCAUCAAAUGAUUCAGGUACUUGCAAACCAACAUGGGACCAGAUACUGUGUUGGCCAGAGACAGAGCCUGGAGAAACUCAAAUUCUGCCGUGCCCAGGAUAUUUCUUCGGGUUUGAUCCUAAGCAAAAUGCAACAAGAUUCUGUCACGACAAUGGUACCUGGAUGCAAUGGAGUAACUAUUCCGAAUGCUACGAUUCUUUGUACGCAACUGUGACUGAGCCUUUUACGGGAGCUCUUAAUGAUUCUACUCUAGCGGCGUACCUGCCAGUUGUAACUGAUAUUUCGAGAGCUGGGUAUAGCAUUUCUCUUCUGUCACUACUCCUUGCUUUCUCCAUUUUGGCUUCUGUGAGAACAUUAAGAUGUCCAAGAAAUAUAUUGCACAUGCACCUAUUUGCAUCAUUCAUUAUGAGAGCAUUUGUAAUACUACUAAAAGAUGUACUUUUCGUCCUUGGAGUUGGUCUUCCAAGUAACCUCGUAGAACGAAGUGGCAGAUAUUACUUCAGAGUACCUGCAGAGGGCACCAUCUGGGACUGUAAAUUAGUUUCAAGCAUAUGGCAGUAUUUCAUGUUGGCAAAUUACAGUUGGAUAUUGAUGGAAGCGCUAUAUUUACACAACCUUAUUUUCAGUGCACUCUUUUCAGAUAGGAGCAGCAUUAAGGUUUACAUCAUUCUAGGCUGGGGUUUGCCACUCCUCUGUGUCAUCCCCUGGAUUGUAUGCAGGAUUUACAUAGAGGAUGAUUUAUGUUGGACUGUAAACAGAAAUAAAAUUGUGUUUGGGAUAAUAUUUGUUCCUAUAGCGGUCUCGAAUAUCAUAUGCUUCAUAUUAUUUGUAAUCCUUGUGUGGGUUAUAUUAAGGAAACUGCGAUCAUCGGUGUGUGAGGAAACAAAAAUCUACAGACGUCUGGCGAAAUCUACACUCGUACUUAUACCGUUGUUUGGUGUGCACUACGUAAUAUUCCUGGGAUUUCACUUGUAUUCAGAACCUGAAAGUACAACAGAGAUGGUUGCACUUUUUAUAAACCAGUUGUUUACCUCAUUCCAGGGUUUCUUCGUAGCACUGCUCUACUGCUUCCUGAACGCGGAGGUGGGGACGGAGCUGAGCAAGUCGUGCUCGUGGUGGUCGAGGCGGCGCGGCAGGGCCGGCGGCGGCAGGGGCGGCGGCGCGAUG